AGCAGGAUGGGCGGGCGGCCCUCUAGCCCUCUGGACAAGCGGCAGCAACAGCACCUAAGGGGCCAGAUGGAUGCCCUGCUGAGAAACUUCCUGCCCUGUUACCGUGGACAGCUGGCAGUAUCACUUCUGCGGCAGAUGGCCCAUGAGCUGGGCCCCCAUGAGCCGGUUCAAUGUCAGCUGCUGCGAAGUAAGAAGCUGCCCCGAGUUCGAGAGCACCGAGGGCCCCUGAUCCAACUGCAGGGCCACCCCCCUCAGUGGCAGCCGGUCUUCUGUGUUCUGCGUGGGGAUGGCCGCCUGGAGUGGUUCAGUCACAGGGAGGUAAGAGGCCACACACCGGAAGACCCUGACGCUCUUCUAGAAAUGCCUGUUAGCUUUCCCCUGUUCCUGCAUCAUCCUUUCCGCCAGCACCUCUGUUUCUCUGCAGCCACAGGGGAGGCACAGCAUGCUUGGAGGCUCGCACUACAGGGGGGCAUCCGGCUUCGUGGAACAGUCCUGCAGAGAAGCCAAGCCCCUGCUGCACGGGCCUUCCUGGACACUGUACGGAUCUACCGACAGCACCAAGGCCACUUUGGGGACCAUGACAUGACCCUUGGCUCUGAUGCGGAGGUGCUGACCACGGUGCUGAUGAGAGAGUUGAUGGCAACACUGAGAGCCCAGACCCUGCCUGGCUUGCGAGGAGCUUGUCGCACCCGGGCCUGGGCCUGGACACAGCUCCUGGACACUGUCCACGCUGCCGUCUUGGCAAGAGCCUCGGCGGGGCUGCGCGCCUUCCAGCCGGAAAAGGACGAUCUGCUCGCGGCCCUGGAGAGGACUAUCCGCACGGAUAUGGACCAAAUCCUGCAGCUGCGGGAGUGUGCGGUUAGGAGGCUGCAGGACGAGGUGCAGGGCCCUCUCGAGUCCUGUCUGCGUAGGAAGGUGGAUGCCCAGCUGCCCCGGGUCACGCGUAAGCUGCUGAGCACCGUCGAAGCCGCACUCGCGGCUCUGCACACCCUCCUGGUGCAGGGCAUGGACCGCCUGUCUCGCUACCUGCGUAGAAGCCCCUCGGGUGCUCGCCUGCGCAAGGAGGUUUACUCAUUUGGGGAGAUGCCGUGGGACCCAGAGCUGAUGCAGACCUGCUAUCUGGAAGCUGAGCAAGACCAGCGGUGCCUGGAGCAACUGACGGCCCCAUUUGGCUUCUUGGGGAUGCAGAGCCUGGUGUUUGGCCUCCAGGAUCUAGUGCAGCAGCUCAUGGCUGACUCCGUGGCUACCUUCCUGCAGUUGGCAGACCAGUGUCUAACCCCAACCUUGGACUGCCACCAGGCUGUCCAGCAGCUGGAGAAAGUCCGAGGGCGUGUGCUGAAGAAGUUCCAGUCAGACAGCUGUGCAGCGCAGAGGAGGUUCAUCCGCGAGCAGCUGCUCUGUAUCUUCCUUCCUUUUGCACUGAGCCAGCUGGAGCCACGAUGCAAAGGGGAGCUGCCAGCAUUUGAGGGGGACAUCCUUGCUGUGGGCAGCCCAGCCCUGACAACGGAGGGCAUCUAUGAGGACCUUGUCUGUGAGGUCCUGUUGAAGAGGAUCAAUCAAGAAUUGAAAAUGGCGCUGGGACCCACUGAUGUAUCCUCUGCACUGGAUGGCAGUUUUGAGGCCCAAUGGGACCACAUGCAAGCAGAUGAGGAAACUGAUACUAAAGAGGAUUGACAGCCAGACUCUAGCGCCAAGGUCCAGCCACUCUGACUACUGCCUCUAAAAGGAUGUUCUGGAACAGAA